CGAACACAUUUCACCGUAAUCACACAGUCAAACGUCACCGCCAGCCCAUCGUCGAGGCGCCAGAAUCAAACGAACAGAGACGAGGACGAGUUUCUAAACAAAAAGACAAUUAAAUGACUUAUGACGGUUUAAGUUAGCACCUCGGAUACUUGAACACGUCCCCGUGUGACUUUCAGGCUCUCCACCAUGAAGCCCUCCAAGGCAGCGCUGCAGACUAAAGCUCAAGAGGAUUGUGGAGUUUGGCUGGACACAGUGCAGCUUAAAGGAAAAGCUAAACAGAAACGUCCCUCUCGUCCAAUUUCGAAACUGCUGAACCCCUUCGCUGGAGGUGGAGGGUACAGUUUGUCUGUUGCUCUCAACUUCACCCAGACCAAAAUGGAAAUGCCAAAAACCAAACAGAGCUCUAUAUCAGCCUUCUUUACCCGUCAACCCACUGUUCUCAAUGAGAAGUCCACUUCUGUGGUACCAAACAUGGAACCAGUGCAGUCCUCCUCUUCAUCAUCUACCUCAACUGCACCCACACCUGUUGCAUCAGGGACAAAGCGAAGACGAGCAACGUGUCUGGAAAAGCCUGACUCUGAGCCUGGUGUGGAGCAGGAGUGGGUGAAUGAAAACGUGACUGAGCCCGAGGCAACACUGUGGCAGGAGCAAGGUGGGGCGACACUCACACCUUCUCACAACAUGCACUGUCAGUCUGAAGAAGAGCAGCCUGAGGAGUUUGAUCCACCUCAGAGUAAGAGGAUGUUCCCUGACACUUCCUCGUUACCAGAUGACAGUCAGCCACUUCCACUGGCAUGGAGUCAGGACCCAUUGCUCGCCUAUAGCCAGUAUUCUGACAGUGAAUUUGACCUGACUAAUCAGAAACACACCAUAGCAAAGAACUUCAAUGACCCUGAGCCAAGUUUCCUAAACAGUUUACAAAGUGAAGACUCCAUUGGAUUUCAAAUGCCUCUGAAAGGGAGAACAUGGACUCAAAAAUCCACAAAAUAUUUUCAUUCUUCUCAGUUGGAGGAUGAGAAAGAAAACAGUGGCUAUUUGUUUUGCAAUUCGCCAAGUAAGCAUUCUCCUUUCUCUCACAUUGAACCUCUUUCAAAUCAUGAAUGGACAGAACCAAAAACUGCAUCACCUCGAAAACACACUAAAGAUCAACUGCGGAGCAAAGCUGAUAAAGGUGAGAGCUGCAUCUCACAGUUCAAGUGGACAAAACCGAGUAGCUCCCCUUUGAAAAAACGAGCACUCAAACAGCAAAGCAGAGAGGCUGAUGAUGACGGUCUGGCCAUGUUGUUCACCCAGGACUCUGAAGGCUUCAGGGUGAUAGCUCAUAGAGCUCUGCAAGGCAGGAGUCCGCUCAAGGAUCCGAGUAACUUAAGCACGGGUGUUGUGAGAAGUAACGCUCACAAGUCUUUGGUAGUGGAGGACGGGGAAGAUGAGAUGCUCUUCACUCAAGACUCUCAGGGAAAUAUGGUGAUCAAACACUGAUGGGAGCAUUUGAAACACCAGAAGUUUAGCUGUAUGUAGCUAAUCUUUACAUUUUAAAAAUACAUUUAUUUGUCAUUUUUCAUUUAUAUAUAGGAAUAUCUUGUUUCUGUAUCAACUUGAUAGAUUCAUCUUGUGCUUGUGUUUGUUUAAACUGAAAAUAUUGACACUCCUUCUGUGAUUGUCUUCUCACAUCUUUUUUUCAUCUGUAGAUCUUUUGGAUUUUCCUGGAAGUUUUUCUCAUGUUGAUAUACGUUUUUUGUAAUAAACUGUUAUUAUAAAGAAAAUAGCGGCAAUUAGAAGAACAUAUUGUAAUUUCGCUUGCACUGAAAUCCCAUCAAUAACCAAAAAAGAAGCCAGAAC